GUAGGUCUCACCUCUUAGCAUUGACUCUCAUCACUUCACGCAACUGCUAAGUAUCUGAUUAACUAACGACAUGGCUCCGAAAGUCCUCUUCGUUUUUACUUCUUGUAGCCAGACUCUGACAGGCGCAAGUACGGGCUGGUACUUACCCGAAGCCGCGCAUCCAUGGGCAGUCCUCUCCCAUGACACCGAGAUUGAUUUCGCCGCUCCCAAUGGCCCGAAUCCACCUGUCGACCCCGGCAGCGUCGAACGGUUCACAGACGACGAAAGUGUCAAGUUCCUCCGCGACGAUGUCGUGAAACAGAAGUUUGCGAAUGCCAAGAAACUCACGGACGUGAAUCCUAGCCAAUAUGAUGCCAUCUUCUACGUCGGUGGUCAUGGCCCUGUUAUUGACCUUGCUUCAGACCGCACGAACAUUGAACUCGCAUCCGAGUUCUACCAGCAGAACAAGAUUGUCUCUGCGGUAUGCCAUGGUCCCGCAGCGCUCGUCGGUGUAACAGGUGCCGAUGGACAGUCUAUCUUCGCGGGCAAAGAAGCUACAGCAUUCUCAAACGCUGAGGAAGAGCAGGCUGGCAAAGUUGCUGACGUGCCUUUCCUCGUGGAAUCACGUAUCCAAGAGCUUGGUGGUAAAUAUGCCCGUGCAGAACCCUGGGCUGAGAAAGUAGUUGUGUCUGGUAACUUGAUCACGGGCCAGAACCCUGCAUCAGCUAGGCCUCUUGCGCAAGCCCUCUUGAAGAAGCUUCAGGAAGGCAAGGUGCUUUAAUUGAUCUGCUUCAGUGAUGCACUGGGUAUGCCAAGCAUUGUAGCGAGAAACAGGAUUGCAAAAUGUAAACUACCGAAACAGGUGCAUAUAUGUAUGAUAAUGUACAGGUCUCAUAACAAUAGCAGUCAUAAGCACACUGAUGUGCCGUGUUCAUGGUUA